AUGACUGACCACGACCGGCGUAAACGUCGCCGUCUAGCCAAGUCUUGCGAACAAUGCCGACAACGCAAAGUCCGCUGUGAUCGCACUGCACCUUGUGGUCCUUGUACGCGUGCACGAGGCUCAUUGAGCUGCUCGUAUGGCAAGAACGCGACUACUACUCCUAAUGCCCUUGCUGCUGCUGCUGCUGCUGCUGCAUCUCUAUCGCCUGUUGACGUCAUUCAACGGACAUCACGUCGGCAUCACGAAGGGCCUGGAAAUCAUCCCACUCCGAGUUCUAAUGUCGAUGCGAAACCUGGAUCAUCGCGAGAGAGUCCUCAGGGAGCCGGAUCUCCGGAUAGAAACAGAAAUACUGAUGGCUCAUCGAUCAGUGAUAUUCGGGUUCGUCUGCAGCGUGUGGAAGAUCUGUUGUCGCGUCGAGGGGAUACCUCGGCGUCGGAUCGGGAUGAAUCGUUGGAUCAAACGUUACGUGAGCUAAGCUAUCGUGUUCGAGGGAUUGAAGAGCGGUUGUCUGAGGGGCUUUCGUUGGAGAGAGCCCAGAGAGGUGAGAAUGAUGGGUUGUGUAUCGAUGCUGUACCUUCGCGUCUACAUGCUUCGUCUAGUAAGAUGAAGUUGCUGGGUCCGAGUCACUACUCAAACACUCUUGAUAAGCUCCAAAUUACUCAAGUCCUACACUCCGAGGAGCCAGACUCUGCAUUUCAAACCCUCAAGACUGACCUGAUGACCCGUAUCAAAGAAUGUCGCGGAGUUCGACAUGCCGUUAAAACCCGACAGUCUGUCCAGCCCAACGAGCCGGUUCCAGACCUGCAGGAGAGUAUCCCAACUAGAUCGAUCUGUGACGAAUUGGUUGAUGGCUAUCUACGCACCUUCGAACCCAUCCACCGCAUCCUGCAUCUCCCGUCCUUCUGGCGUGAAUACCACCACUUCUGGGCCCAGCGCUCUUCCUCAACACCCACCACCUCUACUGCCUUUCUCAUGAAACUGGUACUCGUCCUUGCCAUCGGCACUGUCUUUCAUCCACAACGCGGAAAGUCUGGACCUGACCAUGACGUCCAUCUCACGCAGACCUGGAUCCACGCCGCGCAAUGCUGGCUAAUCGGCCCGUCCGAGAAGGCCACCCUCGGGCUGGACGGAAUCCAGGUCCUAUGCCUGCUGCUGAUCGCGCGACAGAUCAACGCCAUGGGCUCCUCACCGUGGUUAUCAGCAGGCUCGCUCAUGCAAAAAGCCAUGGCAAUGGGGCUCCAUUUGGACUCGAAACAUUUUCCAGCCCUAUCGGUCUUCCAAUCCGAGAUGCGGGCUCGUCUGUGGGCAACGAUCCUCGAAUUCGCAGUCCAGGCUUCAAUGGACUCAUCUAUCCAGCCGCUCCUCAUUCCAGAGUUUGAUACUCAGCCACCGUCCAACUUGAACGAUGCAGAUUUCGACCCAGACAUUCCUUCCUCGUCUUCUCCCACAGGUCGACCAACCACCGAGGUGACAGACACAUCGAUCCAACGCCUCCUCCAUGAGACCUUUCCACUCCGCGCAAAAAUAAUUCAAGCCCUCACCAACCGCACAUCCUUCUCUUACACACAGACCAUCCAUCUCGGAUCGCAACUCCAAGCCGCAUGUCGCAACAUCGCAGCCUUCUUCACCUCCACUCUUAACACUUCCAACGUACCUUCAAACACAAACCGCCAUCUCCACCCCACCCCCUUCCACAAAGCCUACCUCGACAUGGCCCUCCGCCGCUGGUUCCUCAUCCUCCACACCCCCUUCAUGUUGCAGUCCCCCGCCAAUCCCGAAUUCUACUUCUCGCGCAAAGUCUGCCUUGACACAGCGAUGACCAUAGCUCGCUACGCUCAACCUCUUAGUCUUCCUUCCUCUCCCGAGGACGAUCUAUCCCGCUUAUUGAUUUCAGGACGAGGUUCCCUGAAAGGACCACUAAGUCUAGAUAUCAUCUCUAUACUCGGGCUAGAAGUCACCUGGCAGAUUGAGGAGUCCUCGGACGGCACGGGGGAUAUGACGACGACGAGUAUGGACGAGUUUGCGACUUCAUCACGAGCCCCGCUUCUGAAUGUCAUGAGACACAUCCUGGCUCAGCUGCUACGGGUUAUUGGGCUGGGAACGCCUAGUUUGAAGAGAUAUAAUCUGUUGGCGGCGAUACUGGGACAGAUUCGGGCGAUGGAGACAGGGAAAUGCGUGAAGAGGGUGGUUUAUGAGACUGUGAGGGAGAGUUUGGGCGAGUCGGUGUCUUUGUUGCAGGAGGCGUCGGCGAGGGGAUUGCCUCUAAAUGGGGAGGGUCAGAGUCAGUCUGAUCAGGGACCGGGGAUGGGUAGUUUGGAUUUUGAUCUGCAUCAUCCAGACCUGGGAUCCUCCGCCGGCCUCGUUCUCGACCUCGACAUCCCCAGUAUCCUAGGCCUUUCCGACUGGCUAUCGCCGCAAGCCAUACCAGCAGGCUCCAACAUGGAUCCUUUCACAAAACUACCUCCCGAGCUCCUUGCAAAGGUUCUCGUUUAUACUGCGGACUUCUCCGCGGUCGAGAGCAUUAUUGCCGCAUCCCCUCGGGUCAAUGCUGUCUUUCGGGCUCAGCCUACCAUUAUACGCGACCUGAUACUAGUUGACCCGAUUACAAGCCUCCCGGAGAUCCAAAAUAUGUACCACAAUAUCGGGCUAAUUCUGACACGUUCAGCUCAGUUUCCGAGUCUCUCCGACUAUCAACAGAGAUGCGAGAAUAAACCGCCUAUUGAGUAUACGGAAGAACCAUCAUGCUUCAUACUCCACUUAGCCGCAAGAACACAGCGGCUGGCUUGCACCUGCCUCGCCCUGAUUCAGCAUAACUUCGUCUCGGCUCUAGAUGGGAUUAAUGCUGGUGACCUCUCAGCCUCUGAUCGCGUAAAGAUAGCCCGCGAGCCGUUUUCGUGGAAUAACAUAUCCCUGCGGGGAGCAGAAAAGAUAUGGACCACCGCCGCACUACUUUCUGAUCUCGGCCUGAGUCCAAUAUACGGGCACUAUCCCUUCCAGCACGAGGAGAGAUUCUUAGCCCAGGACCCAGAGGGUGAAGAGUCCUCGCGCGCAGCCUGGACUUUCUCAGAUGAGACGCCGCCACCAUUCUUCCAGUCAUUCGAUUUGCCUCCUCGGUGGGAUAUGACCAAUUCCUCGCUGGUCUGGACUCCACCGUCGCCUCCGCCGGACACCGCCGCAACAAAAGCGUGGUCCCUCCGAGCAGAGUCCCGUCCACGGUUACCGAGGCAGUCAAGUAUUUUUUGGUACGCAAGUGCAAGUGCUAGUAAUAACCGACCAUCCAAUCGCAGAUUUGUGAAUUUUAAGCGAUGGCGACGGCUGGGGGUGGCCAUCUGGGACGAGUGGCGCAUGCAUCGCAUUGGGCUCUUUGACGGACCCCCUCAGAGUCCUGGCGAAGUCAUACCAACCCCAGAAGGGAGAUGUCUGACUGUGCUGCCUAGAGACCCGGAGGAAAGGGCACGGAUUCCACGCUUUGAUUAUGCAUCCCGUUGGUUGGCACUUAUAGGGGAAAAGUUGCCGUUCGAACGCACGCGAGAUAGGAUAGGUGAUUAUUGGGUAGCCAUUGUUCCGUGA